GCUGCUGCGCUGGGCGGCCGGCAGGAUGGGCGACAAGGGCCUCGCCGACAGGGAGCUGCUCGCCCCGGGCGCCGCCGCCGCCCAGAGGAAGGGCACCUCCGUCAUCCUCGAUAUUUUCAGAAGAGCUGACAAAAAUGAUGAUGGGAAGCUGUCCCUGGAGGAGUUCCAGGCCUUCUUUUCUGAUGGGACACUCAACGAGGAGGAACUUGAGAAGCUCUUUCACACCAUUGACUCAGACAACACCAAACUAUUUUGCUGACCAUAUGGGAGACUAUGAGGAUGUUUUGGCCUCCCUGGAGAUGCUGAACCUCUCCAUCCUGAAGGCCAUGGACUACACCAAACGGGUGUACGAGAGCGGCAGCAACGUGGACCAGUUCGUGACGCGCUUCCUGCUGAAGGAGACGGCGAACCAGACCCAGUCACUGCUGAGCUCCGUGGAGAGUGCUGUGGAUGCCAUCGACGAGCAAACCAACCCCACCAGACACUACUCCAGCAAGGAUGGUCAUGGCCUGAGUGACACCUGGUAUGACAAGCCCGUGCCCAGCUACUCUCCCAGCACCUGGAUGGUCCCCAGGGAGCAAGGAAAGAACUUCCAGGCUGGUUCCCCUGACACCAAGGCAGAGGGGCUGGAGGGGCAGAUCAACAGGCUGGCCAAGCUGAUUGGCAAGCUGGAGGACAAGACCCUGUGGUUUGACCUGCACCAGCGGCUGUGUGACAGCGAGAGCACGGCCUGCACGUACCUGCUCCUGGUGAGGAACGAGAUGACAGUGUCACAAAAGCACCUGGGCGAGUUCUGCAGCUCCCUGAAGCAGUACCUGAAGAGCGUGGCCGGGGAGCGGGACUGCUUCCAUGUCACUGCAGUGAAGCUGCCUGAUGGGGUCACCUUCAUCGUCUACGAGUUCUGGGAGACUGAGGAGGACUGGAAGAGGCACCUGCAGAGUGCCACCUGCAAGGGCUUCCAGCACGUCAAGGUGGACACGCUCAGCCAGCCUGAGGCCAUCUCCAGCGUGGCCGUGCCAGCUGCCUGGUGCACCCUGAGCCGAGAGUGACGGUCACUGCCGGGGGCCUGCCAGCAUCUGUCCCCUCUGCGGGGCAGCCAUGCCCAGGGAAGGCGUCGGUGUGACCUGGCUGCAGUGAAGGAAAAUCCCAUGUGUGUGUCCCCCACCCCAGCUGUCUCCCUCAGCUCCCCACCACCUGCGGCAUCUCUCCCUGAUGUGGGUGGUCUCAGGGGAAAGGGAGUGCCAGGGAGGGGCUGGCAGCAUUUGGGGAGGGGGACAUCCCCCAGACUUAGGUAGGUGGGGGGGGGGGGGGGCAACGGGUGCAGGCAGGCAGGCACUAGGAAGGAGGGUGGGAGGCUGGAGCCCCCCUGAAAGCAGGGAGUAGGUUGGGGGUCUGUGCAAGUCCCCAGGGGCCACCCCAGGAAGAGACUAGGGGGUUGAGGCUGUGCCUCGGGGGUGAGUGUACCUGUGCCUGCAGAAGGAGGUUUCCCUUCUCCCUAGGUGACCCUUAGUCCUUUCCAGCUGUGGGGGGUCCCGAGGGGUUUCCUUUGCAUGUGCACAGUUGCAGCUGGUGCCUUGUAGGCAUGAGGGUGGCUGCCUCCUCUCCUUCCUGGGGUCUGUACUUCGUCUGUGUGUCUGUCCAUCUGUGCCAAUCCCACACCCACCCUGCCGUGCGUGGGGGUCCCUCAGGGUGUGUGGCACAGGACCUUUGCCAAUAUCCUCUCCUGUCUUUAUUAGCCACUGUACAACAGGGACGGUGAUGCCAAAUAAAACCGCCAUGGGAUCCA